CAUUAUCUCUUUGGGGUGAAAAUAAACUCUUAGCCUGCGGAGAUCGUUAAUUCACCGGCAAGUAAAAAAGAACAAAAUGACAACCGAUACAGUUAGAGAAAAAGCUCUUUCUGAUUACAGAAAGAAGCUUUUAGAACAUAAAGAACUUGAAGCACGUUUAAAAGAAAUGAGAGAACAAUUGAAAGAAUUGACCAAACAAUAUGACAAGUCUGAGAAUGAUCUGAAGGCUUUACAAAGUGUUGGACAGAUCGUUGGUGAAGUACUUAAGCAGCUCACAGAAGAUAAAUUCAUCGUGAAGGCCACCAAUGGUCCCCGAUAUGUUGUGGGAUGUCGCAGACAGUUGGACAAGGCCAAGCUGAAAUCUGGCACCAGAGUAGCCCUGGACAUGACAACGCUGACAAUCAUGAGGCACCUGCCCCGUGAAGUGGACCCCCUUGUAUACAACAUGUCUAUUGAGGACCCCGGGGAUGUGAGCUACAAUCAGGUGGGCGGGCUGGGAGAGCAGAUCAGAGAACUCAGGGAGGUGAUAGAGCUGCCCCUGAUGAACCCCGAGCUGUUCCAGCGUGUAGGGAUCACGCCACCCAAGGGCUGCCUGCUGUACGGACCCCCAGGCACUGGAAAGACACUGCUGGCAAGAGCAGUAGCCUCACAGCUGGAUGCUAACUUCUUGAAGGUGGUAUCCAGUGCGAUUGUUGAUAAAUACAUUGGAGAGAGUGCCCGUCUCAUCCGAGAAAUGUUUGCAUUUGCAAGGGACCAUCAGCCUUGUAUUAUAUUCAUGGAUGAAAUCGAUGCUAUAGGUGGUAGGAGGUUCUCAGAAGGUACCUCUGCUGACAGAGAGAUCCAGAGGACACUGAUGGAGUUGCUGAAUCAGAUGGAUGGUUUUGAUGCCCUGGGACAGGUGAAGAUGAUCAUGGCAACUAACAGACCUGACACCCUAGACCCAGCCCUGCUGAGGCCCGGUAGACUGGACAGGAAAAUUGAGAUCCCCCUGCCCAAUGAACAGUCCAGAGCUGACAUUCUCAAGAUUCAUGCCGCACCUAUUGCAAAACACGGAGAAAUAGACUGGGAAGCUGUAGUGAAGCUCUCAGAUGAUUUCAAUGGUGCUGAUCUGCGCAAUGUCUGCACAGAAGCAGGUAUGUUUGCCAUCAGAGCUGAGCGAGACUAUGUGAUAGAAGAGGACUUCAUGAAAGCUGUCAGAAAGGUGGCAGAUAACAAGAAACUGGAGUCUAAACUGGACUACAAACCAGUGUAAACUGUAACGGGAAUCAGAGGGGAAACAAACUUGCUGUCGGAAGGCAUAGCAUAUAUAUAAUGUUAAUAAUGAUUUAACUUUGAAAGAUACGGAUGUUGUAGGGAACUUUUUUUCUUAGAAUGAAAACUUAUGAAUGAUUUACUUCAUAUUGAGCAUUUUGAUUGUGUUAGUUCAUGUAUAUGAAAAAAAGUUAUUAAACGUGAAA